AUGAGCAGCAACAGCGGCGGCGGCGCAGGAGGCCCUGGCGGGGGCAUGGGUCCAGGAGUGGGUGGAGGUGGGGACGGGCGGCACGACGACGAGGCUGCGCUCACUGAGUUCCUCUCAUCCCUCAUGGACUACACCCCCACGGUAUGGUGCCGCCGUUUCCCUCGUCUUCUCUACUUUUCUGUCAAUGGCUUAGCCCUGAUGCUUGGUUUGGUGGUGUGGAAGAUUCCCGACGAGCUGGUGGAGCACUACCUCGGCCGCAGCGGGUUCCACUGCCCCGACCUUCGCCUAACAAGACUGGUUGCUGUAGCCACCCAGAAGUUCCUUUCGGACAUUGCUAGCGAUUCUCUUCAGCACUGCAAGGCUAGGGUAGCGGCACCUAUCAAAGACAAUAAGAGCAAACAGCCUAAGGAUAGACGUCUUGUAUUAACCAUGGACGAUCUUUCUAAAGCCUUGCGUGAGCAUGGUGUGAACUUGAAACACCCGGAGUACUUCGCAGACAGCCCUUCAGCAGGAAUGGCUCCUUCUACAAGGGAGGAGUAG